UGUUACCACUUGUCAAGCUGACAGCUACAAUUAAAAAAGCGAAUGCAAAAAAAUGAUGUAUCUGCUAUAUGUGUAUACAUAUAUAUAGUGUGUACAAUAUUAUAUAUCAGUUUUGUAUCGAAUGUCUGACAGCUAUCAAAGAAAUAAAAUUUUAAUUCGGGUUCUUGAAUAAAAAAAAUAAUAACCUUAAAAUGGACUGUGUAGUAGCCAAGAGUUUUUUAGUUAAAUUAAGCAUAUCCAACAAAAAUGCAUUCGCGAAAAUACUUUGGAAAUACCCUGCAGAUUAUUUGUUUUCUAUACAAAUUUUAAUGGAAAACCAGAGUUGGUCUGGACAAUUUUCAUACGACAACGCAAAAAUAUUCCAGGAACGACUUCGGAAAAGCAAAGACGACUAUUUUUCAGAAGUCAAAGAUGCUCUACAACAAAACAAUGAAAUGUACACUUGUCUGUUAACUAUAGAAGAUUCAAAAACAGCAAAAUUCUGCUGGAAAAAAUCAAUUUCAGAGUCCAGCGCAGUUGUUUUACAAGGUUCUGUAAAUUUAGAAAGAGACACGAAUGAAUUAACAAAAGAUGAAAUUAUUGAUUAUUUGCUAGACCAGAAUAAAAAUCUUCAAAGUAUAAUUGAUGAAUACAAACACACAAAUGAUAUCUUAAAUAGCGAUUUGGACAAAAGUAGAGAGGAGUUUAAAAAGUUGGUGGAUAUCAAAGAUUCUUUAGAAAGUAAUCUUUAUGGCAAAUUUAUCCAACUAUUAAAUAGUAAAAAGAGGAGAAUACACUUAUUAGAAUGUAAUAUUGAAAAUUCAAACAUACCAUAAUAUAACUAUUAAUUUUUUUUUAUAUAUUAUACUUCUGUAUUUACCAUAGAAUAAGAUUAUUCAAUAAAUUUAUGAUAAAACUUCUUGGUUAAUCUCCUUGCUGACCAAAAUUGCAGGAGGUUCUUUUAAAAAAUAUUAUGUUAAAAAAUGUAAGUGUAUAUAUAUUAAAAUGUGAUAUGAAUCAAUAUAUCAGUCAUAAUAGUGCUAAGCACAGUAUAUUAUAUACCAUUGUUAUGUCAUUGAUACCAUUAAAUAAUUUUUUAAAACUGUU